AUGGUUGCUUAUACUUCAGACAAGAUCUCCAUAGAUCUUUUCACUCAACGUUUCCAAAAUCUUUUUGGGUACAACGCAAUUGAGUUCCCUAGUAAAGAUUUCCAAACCUGGAGAGACUUCUUUGACCCUGAAAUAAGAGAUGAUUUAACUGAAGCUGAUUUGUUGGAAGCUGGUAUAUUUUCUUAUCAGCUAGGUGAAAGUUUGUUAAAGAUAAAUGGCUCUGCUUUUAUCGAGUUUUACCUCAAAUUGACAGAGGCCAAGAUAGGAGAUAAAGAAGUAGUUAUAGAUGACAAUAUUGAUGAUCUAACAGGAUUUGAAAAAUUUUAUAAUGAACCUUACCUUAAUUUUAGACACUCAAAUGCUGAUCAAAAUUACAUUGCUAAAAGUUCUUCGUUUUAUGAUGAAGAUCUAAAAGUUAUUAUUGAACAUGGACUAAAAACAAUUAAGGGGGAUAUUCCUGGUUUGAUGCAUAAGCACACAAAUGAGAGUAGUUAUAUCGGUAUGCAUGUAAAUCAAAAAUUGGCUGAGGCAUUAUGUGAUUCCAUUAACUUUUCAACCGGAAAUGCUAUGUCCAAUUACAAUAAAAGGCAUAAAAAUGAAUUUAUAAAAAUUUUGAAAUCAGUUUUGCAACCUUGUAUUCAAAGAUUUAAUCUUAUUUUCAAUGAUACACUUAGAAUGAUUGAAAGAUUUACAGUAGCAACAGAUGAUUUUUUUGAAUAUCACCCAUUGGGGAAUAAUGUAAUGAGAUCAAGCUUAUUGGGAGAGGUUGGGGUACAGGAUAUUUUCAUUGGUAGUGCUACAGAUGCUGCUAGGAGAUGGAUAAUUGAAAUUAUUUCACCAAAUGAUAUUGAAACAUUAUAUCAAUUAGUCAAAAAUCAGCUCACUGGGGAUUCUCCAGACUUUACACGGGCAAACACAUUCUUGUGCUAUUUUUUAAUUCGUCAAAUUCAGUUAGGUGUUGGUGAUAUUUUAGUUACCGAUGGAUUUGAUUAUUUAUACAUUGAGUUGGACUUUUUGAAUACCCUUUCAGGUGAUAUUAAAUUUAACUAUUAUGAAUUUCAACAUACCACUACAGCUCCAAUCACCCUUAGAGAAUUUUUCUUCUGGUGGUUUUACAAGAGAAAAGAACUAGAAGGUAACCAAUUGAAACCGUUAGCUCAACUCAUAAACAUGCAUUUGAAACGCUGGGAAACUAGCAAAAAUGGGGAAAGAAUACCUGAUGUUGUAGCAAAAGGUAUAUACAAAUUUGGGCUCAACAAUGAUACACAGUAA